UCAGUUCUCCACUGCGCUCCGUGUGAAGCGGAGCUUUCGACGUAACGUCCUCUCGCUCUCCCUCUCGCUCGCCGCGCGAUCCGCGAGGGAUCGAUUUCCCCGAUCGAGAUUCGUCCUGCGGCAGAGUCGCGUUUACACAGGAGUCGCGUUGCAGGAAGUAGGUCGGUUCUGAUCGUCGAUCCGACGUGCUUUCAGGAAGAGAGCCGGGCGGGCUGAAGGGGCGAAAGAAGGGACGAGAUGCUGCGAGUGAUCUGAAACGAGAGAGGGCCUGAACUAACUUGAGAGUGAUACCGGGAGAAGCCUCGAGAAGCCCCGGAAGACCCGCCUCCGGGAACGAGCACGAUUCAGGAUUCAGCACGGAACGAUGCUGAGAUCGACCGAGCUGCCCAGGUGGCUGCUGUUGGCGGGACUUUUGUGCUGCUCGUCCUGCCAGAGCGUACCGUUUUCCUUCGAGAAUAAACCGGUAAGCGGCCAGAAUGACAGCCGGCCGCGGAUAUUCUCGCCCAGGAUGGACUACGACGAGUGGACGCCGCUGGGACGCGGCGAUCCGCUGAAGAACAACCCGACCUACGACUACGUGCCGCCGGUGCUCGAUCGGGUGCAGUACUGGCUGGACUCGCAGCAGCACACGACGGAGCCGUCGUCGAAGCGCGACAUCCUCGUGCUCGGCGUGACCGCGAAGAAGACCAGCCCGAAGAUACCCGAGCAGUUCCUCAAAUUCGUCGACGGCCCCAAGUUGACGCGCACCGGCGGCCAGGUUGACGCGGCGUCCUACAGAAACGACUUCACCGGCAGCACCGGCGCCGAGCCGCCCAAGGUCCUACGCACCACCAGCUUCCGCAACGGCCUGGUCGACUACAGAAGUCAGAACAGCCUGCAGUCGCUGCCGGCCAGCUACUAUCCGAGCCCGUAUUACAGCCAGAAGAUGAAGCCGUACACGAUGAUGAUGCCGCCGCCGUUGGUGCAGAAGGCCGAGACGUCCACCGGCUACAACGUCGGCGCGUACAAGGACAAGCUGAUCGGAUACGUGGACGCGUCCGUGCCGCCGUACAGCACGCAGACGGAGGAGGGCCCGGUGCUGCAGGACACCCAGUACUACGGCGCGCCCUCGAAGAAUUACGGAUACUACUCGUCCGCGCCCUUCUCGAGGCCGUUCUCCACGUCGAAGGCGCCGCCGAGCAAGCUCGAGAUCGUGAAGAGCGCGCCGUCCGCGUCGCAGAGCACGAAGACGAGAUACGAGGCGACGACCGCGGCGCCGUCCGUGUCCUUCGAGAAGUCGAAUCUCAUCUAUCAGUCGACGCAGACGUUGUCCGGCGGCUGGCUGGUCAACAACGGGCCCACGUCCUCCACCGGCUUCCCCCCUGCCAACCAAGUCACCUGGCAGACGCCGGAUUAUUCCAGAGACCACUACGAGGUCGAUCAUCACACCGCGGCGUCGUCCAAUCACGAGGUCGUCGUCGGCCAGAACGCGAACAUCAUUGUCGACGUGAACGGCAACGAGAACGAGGAAGUGGUCGUGGGUCAGAAGGAAGUCAGCACCGAGGCGACGUCCUCGACGUCCGAGAGCGUCACGCAGACGUCCGCCGCUUCCACCACGACGACGGAUUCCGGCGUGCGGGAGGAGGAGGAGGAGGAGGAGGCCGUGACCGACGCGCAGACUUCGCAAAAGAUGCACAUUGUCGUCGCCAACUCGCCGUCCAGCUUGACGAUGGAUCUGGAGACGCACAAGGCGAAGAAGGGCCCGGUCUCCGUGGUGCUGCCGACGAAUUACGUCGAGAGGAACUCGUCAUCGGCGAUGACGUUCCACGGCGACGCUUGGGAGGAUCCGGCGACGUCCGAAAUGACGAAGACGACUCAUCAAGCGGGGAAAUCGCAGCCGCAGCCGGCGCGCAACGCCGCGACGAGCUCGCCGCCGCCGAUCCCGACGGAGGAUCGUUUCACAGUUUCCUCCGUGCCGAACAGGAUGCUCUCGCAGAUCACCCAUCAGCCCUCCCAUUCGCCGUCCGCCUCGGUCAUGCCGACCAGACAGCACGUCGGCGCUGGCCCGCACAUGUUCGUCCCGCCGCAGGCGGCCUCGCAGUCCGUCGUGCGUCCUCAGAGCAGACCGAAUCACGCCAUGAUGCACUUGAUCGGCAGCAUGCGCCCCGGCUUCCGACCCUCUCCGCCGGCGUCGAUGUCGCACAUGUCGCCGCCGAUGGCGCACAUGCACUCGCAGCCCAUGAAGAGCAUGAUAGCGCCGUCGCCGAGCAUGGAGCAGCUUCAUCAGCGGCCUCUCCCGCAACUGUUCCCCGUCACUUUCACCAAUCCACCGUCGACCCUGGGCACGCACGCCACCGGGCCCGACGAGCAGCCGAUCGAUCCGCACCGGCCGUCUCGACCGCCCGCGACGAUCGUGCGCCCCUCAGCGUCCACCACCGCUCCGUCGUUCGCGCCGACAGCCGCGUCGGCCGUGGAGUACACGUCCACCAUGGGCACCGUGGACCAUCGGGAAAGCACGCGGACCGAUCGGUCGCCUCUGGUGAAGAUUCUCAAUGCCGAGGAGAUGCCGAGAACGACGCCCGCCGCGCCGUCGUCGACGAUUCCGCCGCGGACGACGACGCCUCCGAGUCUGACCACCGACCCGAUUUUCUCGCACUACAAGCAGCCGGCCAAACCGAUCCGCGGCCCGAUGUACCUCAUCAUACAGGGCCACUCGAAGGUGAAGACCUACGGGCCGACAAUCGCGAAGCACGACGCGCCGGUGGAGAACAACGAGAUAGCGGAGAGCGCGACCGAGCGGCAGCUGUCCAAGCUGGAACAGCUGAUCCACGACAACACGAAGAACGGCGCCGUCGACCUGGCCGCCGAGAAGAGGAAGCUCGAGGAGAAGGCGCGCGCCGAGAAGCUCGUCUCCUCGCGCCCGGAGACUCUCAUGAGCCUGGUCGAGAGCGGCCUGAGCGGCUUCACCGUGUCGCCCGCGACGGAGGAUGAGCGUCGCGCGUCCAACUCAGUCACGAGUAUCGAGAUUAAUUAAAGACCGGCGCCGUUCGCGACGGCUCUCCUAGCGAAGAGAACGAAGCUUGGCAAGCGGAUGCUAGGACGCUGAGGACGCCCGCGAGUUUAAGGAGUCCUCGUUGCGCGGCGGCAACGCGGCCGCCGUUUUCUAAGUAGGGAUGAAAUCUUCUUAGGAACGAAUUCGUUGCUUGUACGAUCGCGGCUCACACCGUGGGUCUUUGGAUGACAAGAAAAAAAAAAAAAGUAAAGUAAAAUAAAAUUGAUAGCGGAAAGAGUCGUCGGACACGCAAAUGGGCGUCGAAGUUUCAUGGCUGACCCUCGUAGUAUCUGUUUUUUUUUCAACGUGAGAGCUAUCUGGAGAGAUACGUGUAAAUUCAACACGCUGGCACGAAACGAGGUAUCGAGAAUUUACGUUAUUAUUUAUUUUAUUUAUCGUUCCGUGAUAUUGAGUGCCUCUAUAUAUGUUUUUUUUUUUCAAUUGCCGCUUCUGAUCAACCCGAGCGAUUUAUUAUAUUUUGUAGAUUUACAGAUAACGAUUGAAUUGCAUUACGAUGUGCAGAGACGGGCUACGAAUAUAUAUUUAUCAUAUUUAAUAAUUUAUUUAAAUUAUUGAGGAUAAUGCGAUGCUUGAUCGUUAGAUAUAGUUAUUACGAUUGUUAUAUAUUAAUGAAUAUUUUAUGAUUA